UUCAUAAGGAGAAUGAGGUUGUCCAGGGAGUUGAACAUGUUGCAGCGCAACCUGAAAUAGCUUCGAUUACCAUACAGGAGGCCGUAGAUGUGGACAUUGCUGCACUAACUGUACCUGCGGUGCUGGAUGGCAACAAAACCGCUAAAAAGAAGAUGGUUAGGCCGGAGACUAAGCAAUCUAGCGCUAGAGUGCCGGAAAGGACUGAAAGUGAAAGCUCGGGAUAUUAUUCGUAUGUGACCGACAACUCAGGGGAGGAGGACUUGGGUCCGGAUUUUGAUGAAGUUUAUAUGGAUGAGAUGAAUUUCUUGAUCAUGCUUCAGAGAGCGAGAAAAUGACUCCUAUUUCAGCAAUUGAGGAUCUAUGUGACUCAGACACAAACCAAGACGUGUGUCAUAAGGGUGACCUAGUCACAAGGAAAACUAUUUGCCUGCACAGAACUUCAACACCCAAAUGCAAAUUUAUAGGGAAAAGCAUUAGCGAUCGCACCACAUGAGAACGAGAUCCCAAUCACACAUGAACGGGCCUAUGAAGAUUUGAUGGAACCACUAUCUUAUAGGGAAUUUUAUUAUUUGGUUCUUAGGGCAACACUUUUCUCUUCAUCAUUGUUGGGUUUUGUUUUCUUUUUUCUUCUUUUUCCGAUCCUUUACCCCUUUUUUCCUUUCUUUUGCUCUUUGUACACUCCUUAACUCUUUAAUAAAAAUUCCUUCGCACAUAAAAAAAUAGUGCAUGUCACUUUGAAUUUUUUAUUAUUAUAGGAAUUGUGCCUGGGUUCAUAUUUUCAGAUUUUUACUUAAAUCAUUUAUAGUAAAUAGAUUGAUAUAUACUAUGUGUCACUUUUUAACUUUCAAUUUCUAUUUCUUAUUUUCUUUCAUUUUUACCCUUAGUAAAUAUUUAAUUAAAUUUUGAUUAAACAAAUUUUACAAUUAAUUAUAUUUGGGGGGUGGGGG